AUGAAUGAGAUAUCUACAGGAAAUAUUAAUAAUUUACCAUAUCAGACAGUAAAUAAUUUACUUCAAUAUUAUGGGCCUAAAUCUUGUUAUAUAAUAAUUCUUUAUAUACUAUCAUCAACAACCUGGACGUUAACAAGUGGAGUAUUAUUUUUACCAACAUUUAUUAUUGAAAGAAUAUCAUGUGGAGGAAAUGACGUUUAUUGGUGUAACAGACGUCUUAACAAUUCUAUAUCAAUGAAUGAAUCAUUUCCUCUUACAGAAAAUGAUAUUUCAUUGUUUUCACAAUCAUUUUUUAUCGGAAGUAUUUUUGGUUCAAUAAUUCAAAGUUAUUUAGCUGACAUUUAUGGUAGAAAAAUAAUUGCAUUACCAUGUUUUAUUUUAUCAUCUAUAAUAGGUUUUUUAAUGACCUGUUUUUCAAAAUUUAUAUAUGUUCUUAUUCUAAGAUUUAUUCAAGGAAUAAUAAUGUCAAAUGCUAAUGGUAUCAUUUUUAUUUUAGCAUCAGAAAAUGCACCAUUAGAAUCUCAUCCUGUAAUUGCACUUCUUUGUAAUUUAUCAUGGGCAAUGGGUUUAAUUUUAUUAGUUCCUAUUGCUUAUUUUUUUCCUAAUUACAAAGAAAUAAUUAUAAUUACCAAUUCAAUUGUGUUUUUAUUUUCAAUAAUAUUAUGGUUUAUUCUUCCAGAAAGUAUUCAUUUCUUAUUCGAAAAGAAGCAAAAAAAUAAAAUAGAAAGUUGGAUUAAUAAAGCAAAUAAAUAUUCAAAAAAUAAACUAAAUAUAAAUAUAGAUAGUUAUAUAAAAAAAUUUCACAGUCUAGAUGGUGAAUUUCAAAAAGGUGCUAUAACCAAUACGUCUUUAUCUAAAGUUAUAAAAUAUUAUUGGUUAAACAAAAAAUAUUUUGUUUAUUUAUUCUUAAUAUUUUUUAUAUGGUUCAAUGAAUUUCUAUCAUAUUAUCUUUUUACAAUAAAUGCAAAAGAAUUAGUUGGAAAUCCAUACGUUAAUAUUAUACUUAUAUCUUUAGUUGAAUUUCCAACAUCAUUUUUAGCUCCAAUAACAAUAAGCAAAUUUGGGAGAAAAAACUCUAUGAUAGUUACUUUUUGUUUGAUAUCAAUUCUACAAAUAACAUUAACAUUUUUACCUAACACACUAAUGUGCAUUUAUAUGUUUGUGUACUUUUCAGAAAUUUUUCCAACAGAAAUAAGAAAUUCUUCAGUAGGAUUUUUGUUAAAUUCUACCUAUAUUGGUGGAAUUGUUGGUGGAAGUAUUAGUAUUUCAUGGAAUAAGUAUAAAUUUAUUUAUAUUCUUUCACUUUCAAUAUUAUCUUUUUUGAAUGUAGGAUUUAUGUACUUCUUACCAAAUAUUGACACAGAAAUAAAAAAAUAA